GCCUUGACAAAGUAAUCAAUUUUAUUCAAUAGUUUCUUACACAAAUAGGUAAUUCCUUUCAGAAAUAAUAAUGAAUUUGGCCUUGAAUAAGUGUGUCCAGAAGGGCGGUUGUCAAAUUCUGGGCCUCAACAAGUACAGUAUACAACAGUGGUUGAAGACCAUCGACACGAUCAUAUACGAUGGAGACGGAGUUCUUUGGAACCACGAUAAGGUGAUUGAUAAGGCACCGGAAACCUUUAACGCUCUUCGCGCCAUGGGAAAAGAGGCCUAUAUUUGCACCAAUAACUCGGUGACUUCGGUAACGGGAAUCUGCAGGAGGGCCCAGGAAAUGGGUUUCUUGGUGGCCCAAAAUGAGAUCCUAUCCUCGGGCCAGGCUUUAGCCAAAUUCAUGAAGGAGAAGAACUUCCAAAAGAAAGCGUAUGUGAUGGGGGGCCAGGGACUCGUUGACGAACUGCAGUUGGUGGGGAUCGAAUCACUGCCCUUGGAUCAAUCUUCUCUGGAGGGCUUCUCAAUGCCAGAAGACAUACACAGUUUCCUUUUGGAUUCCGAUGUGGGUGCAGUGGUAGUGGGAAAUGAUAAGGAUUUCGAUGCGAUCAAAUUGACAAAGGCCAGUUGCUAUCUCAAGGAUCCCGAGAUCAUGUUCGUGGCCACAAGUCGCGAUAUGGCCUUUCCGGCCGCUCCUGGACGAAUGGUUCCCCGCGAAGGGGUUAUGGUGUCCGCUAUCCAGGCUGCCAGUCAACGAAUGCCCUUCAUCUGCGGAAAACCCAAUCCCUAUAUGUGCAUCGACCUGAUGCGUCAGGGAGUAAUCCACCCGGAGAGGACUUUAAUUAUAGGAGAUACCAUGAAUACGGAUAUUCAAUUUGGUUACAAUUGCGGCUUUCAAACUUUGUUAGUGGGCACUGGGGUCAAUAGCUAUCAGGACGCGAUUGAGGCUCAGGCAUCCAAGGUUCCCUCUUUAUAUCAGCAAGUUCCCGACCUGUAUGUGCCAAAACUUUCCAACCUUUUGCCCUUCUUAUCCUCUCGGAAUAGAUAAAAUGUAAAGA